GUGAUUAGACAGUCGCCGGCCGCCGCCACUCGAUCGCUGCUGGCUGUAUGAUAGCGCGGGUAAAUGCGGCUAUUUAAAAAAAACAGUUAAAUUAUUAAAAAAAAACAUUAAAAAAUAAGAGUUUUUUAAAAGUAGAUUUUUGUUUUAGAAAAUAUUGUGACGUUCUUUAUUAAUAUUAUACUACUAUGGGUUCCGAAAAGCGACUGGCCGCCAUGUCCUCCCCUUCCAAACACCGCUACAAGAAGCAGUCCUGGUGCCGGCGGCUGCUGCACAAGCGGGUGCCCAUCUCGGCCUGGCUGCCGGGGUACAACUCGGAGAAGGCCGCGGCUGACCUCAUAGCUGGGGUGACUGUGGGUCUGACAGUUAUACCACAAGCGUUGGCGUAUGCCACGCUGGCUGGGUUGGAUCCUCAGUAUGGGCUCUACUCUUCCUUCAUGGGGUGCUUCGUAUACAUGGUGUUCGGGUCGUGCAAGGACAUCACGCUGGGCCCCACGGCGCUGCUGGCGCUCAUGACGUACCAGCAGAUCCAGGGUCGCAGCACAGACUACGCCGUGCUACUGUGCUUCCUCACCGGCGUCGUGCAGGCACUCAUGGCUAUACUGCAUUUAGGUGUCCUCAUAGACUUCAUAUCGGUCCCGGUGACGGUGGGCUUCACGUCGGCGACGUCGGUGAUCAUCGCAGUGUCGCAGCUCAAGGGACUGCUGGGACUCAAGUUCAAGUCUGGCGGGUUCUUGGACACUGUCAAGAAGGUCAUAGUAAACAUUCCCAACGCUAAAUUGGCGGACAGCUCUCUGGGCAUUUCGUGCAUCAUCAUCUUGUUGUUAAUGCGGAAAAUGAAAGACCUGAAGCUGCCAGCCAGUCAGAAGGGCCUGAAGAAGACGCUCUGGCUACUCUCCACUUCUCGCAACGCCAUCAUUGUGAUCUUGUGCUCUCUGAGCGCGUACCUGUUGGAAACCGAAGCCGGGACGCCGUUCCAGCUGACAGGCGCUGUCAGAGCCGGCCUCCCGCCCCUCCAACCGCCGCCCUUCACCACCACCAUCGGGGAUAGGAACGUGACGUUUAUAGAGAUGUGCUCAGACCUGGGCUCGUCUAUUGUGCUGGUGCCGAUUAUUGGAGUGCUGGGCAACGUGGCCAUUGCUAAGGCUUUCGCCAGCGGCGAGUCAGUAGACGCGACGCAAGAGUUGCUAACGUUAUCCCUGGCCAACAUACUGGGGUCCUUCGUGAGCGCGAUGCCCAUCACUGGCUCCUUCUCAAGGAGUGCUGUGAAUCAUGCUAGCGGGGUCGCCACGCAGAUGGGGAGCGUGUUUACUGGCAUUUUAGUGCUACUGGCGCUGAGUCUGCUGACCCCGUACUUCUACUACAUUCCCAAGGCGUCUCUGGCGUCAGUCGUGAUAUGUGCUGUGAUAUUUAUGAUAGAAUAUGAGGUAGUAAAGCCGAUGUGGCGCUCGCGGCGCGCGGACCUGGUGCCCGCCUUCGCCACCUUCGCCACGUGUCUACUAGUGGGGGUCGAGCUGGGUAUACUGGCGGGGGUGGCCAUCAAUGUGCUGUUGCUGUUGUACCCGAGUGCUCGGCCGCAGAUGGACGCCGAGAUUGUUACUAAUGCGUCCGGCUUAAAUUACCUGCUGGUGACAGUGGGAAAUAGCCUCUAUUUCCCCGGCGUAGAGUACAUUCGCCAGUUCGUGGAGCGAGCGGCCAAGAAGCAGGGCGGCUGUAGCAUGCCCGUGGUUAUAGACUGUCGAUAUGUUCUGGGCGCAGACUUCACCGCCGCCAAAGGUCUCUGCGCGCUCUCCUCCUCGCUCCUGUCCCGGGGGCAGCCGCUAGUGCUGCUGGCGCCGCGGGACAGCGUGGCCGCCGUGUUCCGCGGCGCCGGCGCGCGCGUGGCCGUCGUGCGCGCCGUGGGGCAGCUGCACCAUGCGCUGCAAGAUCUCACCGGACAAAUACCGUUGCCUGUGAUAAACGGCAACGGCACCCAGGUGGUGACCCCGCCUCCUUCGUACAACACUCUGCAGAUGGAAGAUGACAGCAUAGAGGUCGUCAUACCCGAAGACUCAAACUCCUCUCCGCUACUGACCACUAACAAUAGUCUGAGCAAGGAGGUUCGUGAUACGUGACCCGAUACUUUAAUGUAGAUAGGAUUUUCAAAUUUCGAAUAUGCGUGCCGUGACGAUUGAUCCCAGUUUGAGUGAUAUGUGAAAACGUUACCGUUGUUAAUGAGUACAAGAUGCUAUUAUAAGGUUGUGGAUUUUUUAUUAUUAACAAAACUACGACUGAAAAACUUAGAAAUUUUAAAGGCAGUCUAAUGCAAAAUAUAUAUGCGGGUUCCCAAAAAGUUACCGACAUCUUCCUUUUCCUCUUACAUGUCAUUUAAAGUGCUUCAU